AUCAGAUCUCUUCUUUAUCCCCGGCCCGUCGCAUUCGUGUUCGGCCGACCUUACUGCAAGGGGGCGGACGCCGAAGCACCUGUCUGACUAAGUAGGCUAGUCUCUUUGCGGAAGGAGGUUGGAUGCGGUAAGCAAGAUGACACAACAUGAACUCCACUGGGCAGCCUCCGCAGCUUCGUAUACUUUACUCGAACAGGGUGGAUGCGGAAGCAGCAUAAUAAUAGUGGCUGUGACGGUGGCUUGCAACGACAUCGCAUUGAGUCGCGUCCAACAGCUUUGGCAUUAUUACCUCAGCUUUGGAAUCGCCUUCCUAGGCAUUCUUGCCUGCGCCGUCGUGACAUUUAAAGCGUCGCGUCCUCCCCAGCAUUGAAGCCCCGCAGCAUUAAAGCAGCAGCAGCCCGCUACCACGACAGCCACCACCACACCGGACAGCAUGGCCUCCCCCGCCCAGCCGAGUCUAUCCGAACUCAUCGACCAAACCACCAUCCUCUCCCUCCUCUCCACCGUCGCCUUCCUCGGUGCAGCAUACUACGGCUCCCUGCGCCUGCUCCCCGCCAACGCCGGCGCCAAAACGCGCAUCCUCUUCAUCUGGCACGCCUUCGACGCCCUCAUCCACACCAUCCUCGAAGGCGGCUUCCUCUACAACUGCUUCUUCAGCUACACCACGCCCUCGCUCUGGAAAGGCCAGCAGCUGCCCGGCGUCAUCCCCGGCGGUAGCACGUCGGCAUACCUCGCGCCCGAUGUGUACUUUCUAGGCCACAAAGACCGGUUGUAUGGCGCGCUGUACAGCACCAACCCCCUCGGGGCGCUCUGGAGGGUGUACGCGAAAGCCGACGCGCGAUGGGGCGGCUCCGAUCUGAACGUCAUCUCGCUCGAGCUCUUGACUGUCGGCCUUGGCGCUCCGCUCGCGGCGUGGGUUUGCUAUUGCCUCGUGAAGCAGCGGGCCGACCGAUGGUUCUGGAUGAUUGCCCUGGCCACUGGCGAGCUGUACGGCGGCUUCAUGACUUUUGCGCCCGAGUGGCUGAGCGGGAACUCGAAUUUGGACACCAGCAAUUGGAUGUACUUGUGGUUGUACCUGUUCUUCUUCAACAUGCUGUGGGUCGUCCUUCCCGGCUGGAUCAUGUAUGAGGGAUAUCAGCAGUUCAACCCUGCGGCGAAGCGCGGUGACCACAAGAAGCGCAAGUGAGACGGUGGAGGUGGGCAUUCGGUAGGGGGGAGUAAUUAAAAAGCGAGUUUGACGCUGGACGGUUCGGGUAUGGCGCUUGCUAUACAGGUAGCGAUGCAUUU